AUGUCUGCCUCGACUGAAGUGUAUCGUGGCGUGUGGAAGGAUCACGCCAACGGAGUGUGGACACUGACUCUGACAGAGCGCAGCGGAGGUAUCCUUUCUGCAGCUCUGAUCAUAUUCGCUGGCUUUGCAUCAGUGCAAGCGUGGAACAUUGUCAAGUUUGUGCUCCACCAAGCCUUGUCGUCUCAGAAGCCACAGGAUGGAUACCGCCACAACCUUCGGACAGUGCUGCGCAACAGCAACUCGCACACGCAAGCGUUCUGGCUCUUCCUUCGGCUGGCCUUCGGAUGGCGAAAGAAGCUCGGAUUGUCGUCGACCCUGGCUCGUGGCUCCAUUGUCACCAUAUUAUCGCUUUUAUUCGUUGUCGCUUCGGCCGUGAUCCGGCUGUACAUCUCACUCAUCUGGACGGCCAAUGGCGACCAAGUGCUCAUCAACAGCACCAGCUGUGGGGCAGUCUCGAUUGACUCGGAAGAUGUACAGUCUUUUGGUGUUUACUGGACGGACCGGAUAGAAGCUGCAGCGACAUACGUGCGGGAGUGCUACAACACGACAGAUACAAGUCCAUGUAGCAAAUUACCGGUCAGUAGCCUUAACUGGACCUCGAGUGACGGAGAGUGCCCCUUUACCGAUUCAGGCCUCUGUAUCACGAACAACUCGGUGCCUCUGGUCAUGGACACGGGCUACAUCAACUCGAACUACGAUCUGGGCAUGAACGCAGAGGCAGAGGAUGCCAUCGACUACCGCAAAAUCGUCACCUGCUCACCCAUGCGCUCCAACCACGUCGACAUCAUCUACAGAAACCAGACGGACGAGAACAUACUCAUGUUCUACUACGGCAACGUGACAAUGUUCAACUCCACCUCGACCUACAACUACUCAGGCAACUACCUACGCUACGUCAACGGCUACACCCUGAGCACGCUGGGUUACGACCCCUACAGCGUCGCCAACGUGUGGUUCCCCAACGCGUCCAUCACCGACCGCGCCGACGCCGGCGCCUCCAUCUUCUUCCUCGCCGCCAACUACAUGCUCUACCUCAGCCCAGUCUCAGACCCCAUGUUCAGCACCUACGCCGAAGAAUGGACCGGGUCCGACAGCGAAAUCCUCUCCACCGCCAACUACCCCUGGCUCACCGUCACCAUGCUCGGCUGCAUCGAACAGCACCAAAUCUGCAAAGCCCCGACGUCCGACUCCUCCCGCUCCUGCGGGCCCCUCUCCUCCUCCCGCGGCCUCCCCUGGAUCGCCAUCGAGGGCCUCGGCCUCAGCGGCCGCCAAACGGCGACGGCAGCACGGCUGAUGUCAGCAGCAGCAGUACAACAGCCGGACCUGGGCUUCGUCGCGCGCUGGAUGCCGGGCGACCCGCUGCUGGCGUCGCGGACCGAGGUCGACGGCACGCAGUUCGCCGCGCUGCCCGUCGACCAGUGGCGGCGCGAGGUGUCGCGCUGGUUCGCCAUGAGCCUCGCGCUGAUGCAGGAGAGCGUCGUGCAGUACGUGACGGGGCCGUCGGACCCGGGCUUGCGGCGCUUCGUGCUCGACGUGAGCGAGGAUCCCGACGCGCUGGCGGAUUGCCGGCAGCAGCGCGUCAGGAGGGCCGGGUCCGGGUAUACGAAUUUUCAUCUGGGCGCGGUGAUUGUGGUGGUGGUGGUGGGGUGCGCGCUGUCGUUUGUGGGGUUGACGGUUGAUACGAUUGUUGGGUUUUUGGAGGCGCAUUUUCACUUUUGGGAGUAUGGGAGGUUGCAGUGGUUGUUGGAUGGGACUUUCCAGCAGCAGAGGCUGGCGUAUGAGGCUGCGGGCGUGGCGAACUGGCGUGAUGCUGCGAGUUACGUGCCGGUGACGGAUGAGAAGACUUUUCCACUGAUUGAUGGGCUGGAGCGGGAUCAUCCGCGUUUGCAUCAGAAAAAUGCCGACGAGGUGGACGCUCAAGAGGCUGGGGCUGAUCUCAAGGCCGCAGGUUGA